UUAGAGGUAAGAACUAGUGACUGGCUGUUCUGCUUCUCUGAUCUUUCAGCUUUCACCCUGAUAUUUGGUUCUGGGUUUUUAUUAAAAGACCAUCUAAGAUUCGAAUAACAGAGUGGAGGCAGUGGCUAUAGAGGAUAAGUGGAGGGCAUCUCGGGUUGGUAGGGGCAGGCAGCGGCUGCCAGUUGGGCCGUGAGAGGGGUUCACAGUUCCUCUAGGUCCCUAGUGGGAGGUACUCACGGCUUUUCCAGUUGCUCUCUUCUGUCUUCCGAUGUUUCUGAAAUAGCCAGUAUGUAAGAACCUGUAUGUUGUUUAAGGAGUUUCAAGACCUGGCCAAGGAAAGAGGUUAGGUUUCAUGCCCUAGUUACAUAGGUUUGAGCCUUAGCUGCUCAGGAGCCUGAGGCAGGAAUAUCCCAAGUUUAAAGCCAGCCUUUGCAAAUUGUUGAAACUCUUGUCUCAAAGCCCACACCCCCCAUCUCACCACCACCCCCCAAAACCCACAGCUAAACGGAAAGGACCCAGGUGUGAAAAAGUUGAUUCAGAUGACAACAGUGUAUAGCCCCAGGGACGAAUUAAAAAACCAAGCUGUUGGGCACACAGCCCGGGAGGAUAGUUCAACAGGGCAGGGGGAGAGGCAGAUGGGCAGGUGAGGUGGAGGCGGCCCUUUGUAGUGGAGCUGCCUACCUCCUUUCUUCCCUUGGCUGGGGGAGGAAAGGAGCCCCAAGCGGCAGCUCCAACCCCUCAGGGUUAUUUCAGAACAGUCCAGUACAAAGGACUUGUUUUCCCUCCCACCUGCCCUGGCUGGCCCCUCCCCCAGCACAGUCCUCCUGUGAUGAAUUCUCUUAGAUUUUGUGCUUGAAGAACAACCAGGAAACUGAAAAGUUUCCGGGAAUGCCGUGCAGGGACUCAGUUUAGGGCAGUGUUGGGAAAUUCCAUUUCAUUUCUUCCGGCUGCUCAGAGCCCCUUCAAGCACCCAGCAGGAAGGAGGCCACAGUCAUGGCCAGUCCAAGACACCCAGUAUCAGCUCAUGCUGUAGCCCUGGUGCAGAUGGAGCGACUCCAGACGUUUGCCUUCUCGGUGCGCUGGUCAGACAACAGUGAGUCCUCUGUUCGCAGGAGCUGGGAUGAGUUUAGGCGGCUCCAGAAGAUCCUUAAGAAAACCUUCCCAGUGGAGGCCGGCCUGCUCCAGAGAUCUGAACGAAUUCUUCCCAAGCUACCUGACGCUCCACUGCUGACUCGUCGGGGCCGUACUGCCCGAGGCCUGGUACGUUUGCGGCUGCUGGACACCUAUGUACAGGAACUGCUGGCGAGCUCAGAGCACGUAUUGAGGAGCGCAGCCCUCAGUGACUUCUUUGCACCCAAACCUCUGGAUCUGGAGCCCACGCUGCCCCCUGGCAGCCUGGUGAUCCUGCCUACACCAGAGGAGCCCUUAUCCCAACCUGCAAGCGGUCCUGCCAUCCAUAGCCUGGAGGCUCUGAGCAUGCGCUGUUUACAGCCUUUUUACACCCGUGACACAAGAGACAGACCUUUCCACACACAGGCUCAAGAAAUUCUGGACGUAUUACUACGACAUCCUUCAGGUUGGUGGCUGGUGGAGAACAAGGAUCAGCAGACAGCCUGGUUCCCAGCUCCCUACCUGGAGGAGGUGGCCCCAGGCCAGGGCCAGGAGUCAGGCCUGGCUUUGCAAGGCAGUGGGACGCAGUUCUGUGCUACCCAGGCCUAUGAGGGCAGUCGCACCGAUGAGCUAUCAGUGCCUGCCGGAGCACAUGUGCGUGUGCUGGAAACCUCUGACCGCGGCUGGUGGCUGUGCAGGUACGGUGGCCGGGUAGGCCUGUUCCCUGCAGUGCUGCUGCAGCCCGAAGGGCUGGGCUCCCUCCUGGGCAGGCCAGGGCCCCCAGACGGUGGAAGGGAAGACAAGGUGGCCAAGGGCAGGGCUGCUCCCCCUGUAGUGCCAACUCGGCCCCAUCGGAGUGCCAUCCAGAGCCGAUGCUGCACCAUCACCCGCAUGGCACUGGGACAGGAAAAGAGACCCAGGGUCCCCCUUGAGGAUUUGUGCAGCCCUGCAGAGAGAUCGCACUGUCAAUCCCAACCACAGGCAAAGUAGGGAUCCGGACCUGCCAAGGGAGCAGGAUAGGGUGGGGCUGGAUGGCUGGCAGGGUCAAGGGGCAGCAACUUCCCAUUUCCUCUAAAUAAAACUGGAAUGACUUCA